AUGCCUAAAGAAGAGCUUCAUCAGGUCACGCCUGAGCCAGUAUUCACUUUGGAGGAAGAAUUAGACUCAAUCGAUAAAGAUCCGCACCACCAGCGCCUUUCUCCUCGCCAUAACGACUCGGAAAAGAAACCCAUAUCGCAAUGGUUGAUCCCUAUACUUUACCGCAUUCAAAAAUACAGUGCCUACUCCUUCAUUUCAUUUCUCGGUAUUCAUGUGACAUCGGUGGUGAUAGUCCCCAUAAUCCCAGUUGAUAAAGAGCUCAAGCAACAGGUAUUUUCUCUAGCCAAAGCGGUGUACCAAGACAUACCAUUUUUUGAACCACUUGCUAUCAUCGGUGCAUCAGUUGUCCAUAUUGUUGCUGGUUUGGGAUUGCGAUUGGUACGAGGGUACAAAAAGCACCAAUUGCAUAAAAAGAUAGAACAGAGGAACAAGAGGAAUAGUGUGAUGAACAAUAAUGAUUCAUUCCGUAUUAGAGAUGACGAUGAUGACAUUGGGUUUGGUGGGCUAUCCAGUAUAUUUGGUCUAGGAUACAGGAAAUCCUUCAUUUCAAAGCUCUUGGGAAUCACGCCAUUACAAUUUUCAGGAUACUUGUUGAUCCCAGCUGUCGUCUACCACUAUUACAAAUUUCGAUAUGUGCCAAUGUCUAUAGAAGGCGAUUCAUCCUUGAUUAAUUUGGAUUACAUCUCCUACGUGUUAAAUUUGAAGCACCCCAAAUUCCAAGCAUUGGCACUUACAAGUUUAGUGUGGGUUGCGUCGUAUCAUGUGACUAAUGGGGUGAUGAAGUUGAAUUCGUGGUAUAGUAAGAAUUGCAAACGCAUGGGGUUGGCUAUUGUUAAUUUGGUCGGGGUUUGUGGAAUGGUUGGGGUUUAUUUAUUUAAAAAGGAAGAGAUUGAUAGUGGUGAUUUUCUCGGGAAAGUGUUUACCAGGUAUAUCAACUCUUACUUAUUGUGA